GUCACUCCAGUAACCGAGACAGCUGAAGGCCGCAGACAGCAACACGGAGGGAAGAGGAUAAGCCCGCGACCAGCGGCCGUUUGGACACGCCUCCUGGCCCUUCUCGGCACUCUCCCGCGCGGUACCGCCAAGCGCUGAAGCGCGGACCCAGGCAGGUCUUGACAGGACGCCCCGCCCCCAGACCCCUCCCCCCCGCGCUCCUCCUGGCCUCCCAUGUGACCCCCACCGUGUGCUCCGCCCACGUCUGGCCGCUGGGCACGCACGCUCCGGUACAGACUGUUUUUAACAGCUUCAGGUCGCUCGGGUUUGGACGGGGCAGGAGGUAUCGCGAGAGUUGGUCACACGGUGUGAUUGUAGCUAUGGCUGGCUCCGGAAUCGAGGCUGAGAAAGAGCCGCUCUUAGGCGACAGCACACACGGAAGCAGAGAAUGGGAUAUUAUAGAAACUGAGGAGCAUUACAGGAGCCGAUGGAGAUCUAUUAGGAUUCUGUAUCUUACCAUGUUUAUCAGCAGUAUUGCAUUUUCUAUUGUAAUAAUGUCAAUAUGGCCAUAUCUUCAAAAGAUUGAUCAAACAGCCGAUGCAAGUUUUUUGGGCUGGGUUAUUGCUUCCUUUAGUCUUGGCCAGAUGGUAGCUUCACCUAUAUUUGGCUUAUGGUCUAAUUAUAGACCAAGAAAAGAGCCUCUUAUUGUCUCCAUCUUCAUUUCGGUGGCAGCCAACUGCCUCUAUGCGUAUGUCCACAUUCCAGCUUCUCAUAAUAAAUACUACAUGUUGGUUGCUCGUGGAUUGGUGGGAUUUGGAGCAGGAAAUGUAGCAGUUGUUAGAUCAUAUAUUGCUGGUGCUACUUCCCUUCAGGAAAGAACAAGUUCCAUGGCAAACACAAGUGCAUGUCAAGCAUUAGGUUUUAUUCUAGGUCCAGUUUUUCAGACUUGUUUUGCACUUAUUGGAGAAACUGGUGUGACAUGGGAUGCUAUUGAUCUGCAAAUAAACAUGUAUACAGCACCGGUUUUACUUGGCGCCUUCCUGGGAGUUUUAAAUAUUAUUCUGAUCCUUACUAUAUUAAGAGAACAUCGCGUGGAUGACUCAGGACGACAGUGUAAAAACAUUAAUUUUGAAAAAGCAAGUACAGAUGAAGCUCAUGUCCCCCAAGGAAAUAUUGAUCAAGUUGCUGUUGUGGCCACCAAUGUUCUGUUUUUUGUGGUUCUUUUUAUCUUUGCCCUUUUUGAAACCAUUGUUACUCCAUUAACAAUGGAUAUGUAUGCCUGGACUAGAGAACAAGCUGUUUUAUAUAAUGGAAUAAUACUUGCUGCUCUUGGAGUUGAGGCAAUUAUUAUUUUCAUGGGGAUUAAAUUACUUUCCAGAAAGAUUGGCGAGCGUGCAAUUCUACUGGGAGGACUCAUCAUUGUGUGGAUUGGCUUCUUUAUCUUGUUACCUUGGGGAAAUCAGUUUCCCAAAAUACAAUGGGAAGAUUUACAUAAUAAUUCCAUUCCUAAUACUACAUUUGGGGAAAUUUUUAUUACUUUUUGGAAGUCUCCAAGAGUAGAUGACCCUGAAGGACCAACUGGUUGCCCAGUUGAACAAGCCUGGUGCCUCUACACCCCUAUGAUUCACCUUGCCCAGUUCAUCACAUCAAGCGUGCUCAUUGGAAUAGGGUAUCCAGCCUGCAAUGUUAUGUCCUAUACAUUAUAUUCAAAAAUUCUAGGACCAAGACCUCAGGGUGUGUACAUGGGCUGGUUAACAGCGUCUGGAAGUGGAGCGCGCAUUCUGGGACCUGUGUUCAUCAGCCAAGUGUAUACUUACUGGGGACCACGGUGGGCAUUCAGCCUUGUGUGUGGAGUAGUGGCACUCACCCUCACACUCCUGGGAGUGGUUUACAAAAGACUCGUUGCUUUUUCUCUAAGACACGGGAGGAUUCAAGAGUCAACUUGACUGGACAGUUUAGUAAGACUGUGAUUGAAAGUACUUGUUGCAUGGGACUUUCUAGACUAAGGCUCUGCUAGAAAGUUGCUAUAAACCAAUCUCCAAAUGCCAGGUUGCAGAUAUUACAUAUUUUGAAUAACAAGAACAUAUUUUGAAUAACAGAGGGAAUUCCGCCUGUAAUUGUAAUAGGAUCACAUACAAACAUUCUGGAUCAUGAUUUCCUUACUCCCCAAUUGAAAUAUUCUUCUUAUAACACGUUUUUGGGAUUGCAGGAAUUAAUGAGUAAAUGGACAAUGGUCUGUGAAUGCGAAGUUCAACUGUUAAUGCAAACUGUAGAGGAGUCUUUAAAAUAGAGAAUGUCUAUGUAAUGGAACCAUAAGGAGAGUUCUGUAAGUUCCAUAAGAAAUUAUGAGCUGGCUAUAAUAGAAUGCAUUUAUAGAAACUGUUUACUUAUUAUUAUUGAAGGAUAUCUACUUUUAUUUAUAAAAUGUACAUUUCCUAUUAGUAUCAGGAUUCCUUAUGGAAUAAAAAUCAUGAUCUUUAAAAUUUCUGUUUACUAUGCUGUCAUCCUACCUUCACCUUUCAGUUCUAAUUCUAAUACUAUACCUUUUAUCUUAUUUUACUUCAGGAUCUCACUGAGUAACCCCUAAGUUAAUAUAUGAGUAAGAAUAAUGCUAAUAUUGAGCAAUGUAAGAGAAUUAAGAAAUCAAGAUGAAUGUCUUAGUUUGCCAGGCUGCUAUACCAAAUACCACACAGUGAGUUGGGUUGAACAAUGGGAAUUUACUGCCUAAUGGUUUUAGAGGCUAGAAUGCUUGCUUCCUCCUGGGUUUGGUAGUAUUCCAGUGCUGGUUUGUCACAAUCCUUGAGGUUCCUUGGCUUUCUUACCACAUGGCUAUAUCCUCCCCUUUCUCUUCCAGGUUCCCACUGACUUCCUCCAUCUCCCUGUGGUCUUUUCCUUAUAGGUCCUCCAGUAAUCCAGAUUAAGACCCACCCUGGUUCAGUUCACCUCAGUUUAAGUAAAAAUAACAUCUUCAAAAGGCCCUAUUUACAAUUCAGUGUACCAAAAUGAAUUUCACUGUCUUUAGUAGGUCUAUUUUUUUCUUUCAAGUGCUAAUAAUUCACUUUAGAAAUAUAAACCAGGAAUAUUUCAUUGUAUACAUAUACUGAAUAGCAAAUGAUUUAUUAAAAUUGGCAUUUUCAACUUCAUUAAAUUCUGGAGAAAAACUAUGAUCUUAAUUAGUUGCUUUUCUCAUUUCUCAACAGUGGCAGGGUAGAACAGCACAGUUUUCAAUCUGUUAUCUGUAUAGCUACUCAAAGCUGCAGAAUUUUAGCUGGAUUUUACAUUUGAAUGAGACAUGGUAGUCCCAAUCUAGUCAAACUAAUACGUAUUUGAGGCAAAUGGCUUUAAUCUAAGAUUAAAUUUACUGAAUCUAUCUAAAGUCUGACAGUUAACUGAAUUUACUUGAAGUGAGCUAAAUCACACUAUGUAUGUACCUUUCUACCUCUCUCUAAGUCAAAUGCUGAUAAAAUGAACUGGUAUGGAACUAUGUAUAUGGAUAAUUAAUAUUGUAAAAAAUGAAAAAUAUUUCUACUUUUCCAAAUGUUUCCUACUCUAAGUUACAAAUAUUUGCAACUCUGAGAAUAAACACUAUAACCUGCACUUUA